GCACGCCCAGUUCUGUUGUACGAUUUUCGAACAACGGAACCGGGCGAACAAACAUUCCGAAAGUAUAGCACACUGCUCUUAGUCCUUCCUCCGUCUAUUUCUCUAACCACAAGCCUACUCACACCUUAACGUCGGGAGUUUGAAACGGUAUAUGCGGCAGUCAAACUCGGCGUCGUGAAGUUGGUAAGUAUGCUUCAAAAAGCAACAAAUAGGGCCAUUGCGUAGCAUGUUCGACUAUUGGGAUACGAUCAAAUCAAUUCUAUUCCCAUAACUACAUUGUAUUUUGAUACAUAUUCAUCAUCUCUUCGCUACUAUGGCUCAAUUCAAAAUUGGCUCAGUCGACGUUAAAUUCCGCGAUGCCUUCAAGCAGAAUAUCCCUCCACUGGAUCAGAGGACGACCGAGCUGCCACCUGGUCACAGAAAGCAACCAACAUACCGCCCGCUCACAACAACGACGAUUUUCGACCAAGAUCAAGCUCUUACGCUUCGAGAUGGAACGGUGAUAUACGCUGACAUAUUCCGUCCCAAAACUGACGAGAAAGUUCCUGCAAUCGUCAUGUGGAGCCCAUAUGGUAAAACUGGAACGGGUAUGUUAAAUAUCCAUACCAUGCCACUGCGAGCUGGUAUACCAGAAACCCAAUUAUCCGGCUAUGAAGACUUUGAAGGUCUCGACCCUGCAGAAUGGGUCCCCCGCGGCUACGCCAUCGUCAACGUCGACCCGCGAGGCGUGAACAACUCCUCCGGCAACAUCCACUUCUGGGGCAGCACUGAAGGGCGCGACGGGCGCGACGCCAUCGAAGAGCUCGCCAAACUACCCUGGUGCUCUGGCAAAUUAGCCCUAGCAGGCAAUUCCUGGCUCGCAAUAUCCCAGUACUUUAUCGCUGCUGAGCAGCCACCGCAUCUGGUGUGUAUUGCGCCUUUGGAAGGUUUGUCAGAUCCUCUGCGCGAGCAGACGAUUCGUGGGGGAAUUCUGAAUACGGCGUUUAAUGAAUGGAUUGCAACCAUGUUGAUGGGAAGGAAUAUGGUGGAAGAUUUUGGUGCAAUGGCCAAGAUGGAUCCUGUACCUAGGGAAUACAUCGAUGAUAAGCGUGUGGAUAUGAAGAAGAUCAAGGUUCCCGCUUAUAUCGGAGCCAGCUAUUCAUCAACUGUCCACACCAUCGGCUCCCUACGAGUUUUCGAGGAGAUCCAGCAUUCAGACAAGUGGCUCGUUCUCCACGCCUCCCAAGAAUGGUAUGAUCUCUACAGUGUAAGUCGCACCGCAGACCUCGCCCGAUUCUUCGACUUCCACCUCAAAAGCCUCCCCAACGACUGGCCCCAGACCGCACCAGUCCGCAUAGCCUUUUUAAACUUCACCAAGCCAGCUCUGUUAGACCAAGAAUACCCAGAUCUACCAUGGCACCUCCCCACUGCCACUGUCCAGAAACUGCAUCUCGGUCCCACGGGCACCCUCACUGCAACCGCGCCACUCGAAGAAACCAUCGUCUCGUACCAAGCCGACUCCUCCUCCUCACUUACCUUCACAUACGUCCUCCCAGACAGAACCGUACUAACCGGCCCCCCCACCCUCGUCCUCUCCAUCGCAGCACCAACGCAUAACGACCUAGACAUCCACGCCCACAUCUUCAAAGCCUCCGCAACUGGAACCAUACUCUCUCACCUAAACAUCCCCAUCCCGCCCAACACGCCCCUCCCUACCGUAGAAAACAUGACGCGAAAUAGAGUCUGGCGCUACCUCGGUCCCAGCGGCAUGCUGCGCGCGUCUAAACGCCAUGUCUCAGACACGCUGCGCGGGAAGACGUGGGAAACGCUGUCGCUGGAGCGCGACGAGAAAGUCGUGCCGGGGGAGGUGGUAAGACUGAGUGUGCAGCUCUGGCCGGCCGGUAUGGUGUUUGAGGCUGGGGAGAUGCUUGUGUUGAAGAUUAGUGGACAGGAAAUGGGGUUGAGGGAUCUUCCUGGGGCGAUCGGAAUGGUGAAUGAGAAUGUUGGGGUGCAUAAGGUGUAUGUUGGUGGGGAGAUGGAGGGAUAUCUUGAGUUUUUUACGAUUUAGUGAUGGGGAAGGGGGUAAAGGAAAGCCGUUCCAUGCCCUUUGGUCUAGCCAUGACCUAAUACCAUAAUACGUCUUUUUACCCCUUGAUAC